UGGGCCCACCCAAGCAUCCCCCCCCACAAGCACUUCCCGCCGUCUCAGCCGCUUCUCUCUGUCUAUCUAUUCAUUCGUCGCACGCUACCCACUCGCUGCCCUCACUCGCUGCCAGAACCCAUACCCGCCGCCCGCUUCCUCCUGCCCGGCCCGUCCUCUCCCGUCCUCUCCAGCUAGUGCAUUCCUCGGUGUCGCACCGCACUCGCAAGUCACCGGGCACUCAGAGACCAUAUAUACCUACCUCCUUCCCCAACGUUGUUGUUCGGCCCGCUGGAACCCCUCUCGCACGCUGCUGCCACAUACAUAGCAGCCGCAAACCGUCCUUGCACUCCCGUCUCCGUUCUCGAAAAUUGGGGACGUCGCAACUCCCCAGCGACGAAAGCAAGCGUGGGAUCCCACUCACCUGUCCGCAACAAUGCUGGUUGAAGCAGACACCAAACACGGCGACCGCAACGCCCAAGCGUUCCAACUACCCGUCUUUGACUCCUCAGACGAGCAGGACCCGCCCAUAGUCGACACCGAAGACGAGGAUGAGGUCACUCGCUGUGUCUGCGAGCGUGUCGACUCAUUUGGUGUCAUGGUGCAGUGCGAGGACUGUCUUGUAUGGCAGCACUGUGAGUGCAUGCAUGUCAACCCGAAACGGCUGCCGAAACACUACUUUUGUGAGGAAUGCAAGCCUGGGAAUCAUCCUAACUUUGAUGCCAUAAAAGCCGCCCACCAAGCAGCCCGCGAGUCACCACCAGAGCCAGUCGUCAACGUCUCCGGCAAACGACGAAGCACCAUGAACAGCCGAGAAGCAGCACAACCGUACAGCGAGCUCUUGUUACUGAAACCGGGAAGCACUGUGCCGGCGGAACAACAACAACACGCGGGCACCCUGUUUUCUGGACCUGAACGACCUCGCCGACGGAGUUCGGCUGAUGUUGUGAACUACAGUGGAUCGCGAAUGCUAAGACGGCCAUCGAGUAGUCUUGCUAAACCUGAGGGCAAGGAGAUUGAUAUGGCACCCAAAUCCCAGUCCCCAACAAGUCUCUACAGCGUGGAAGAAAAGUCGUCCAGCAAGAACGGCAAGCGGAAACGAAAAAGCAGCGGCAACGUCGCUCUGCAAGACACGACCAGCCAUAAGCGCCGAAACGAUACCUCCGACGAAUUCGUAUACCCCGCCCGGCCCGAGAGCGGUUCUGGGAGACAAGACACGGCAGAAACCACUUCCUCCCGAAAACGGCGAGACGCCCACGACGAGGCUGACGCCGUUCCACCGAAAGGCGGCAAACGCGCAAAGGGAGACUCGGCGAGGAGUCGUGCAAGUGCCAACAGUGCAACCACCGCACCACUACAAUCAUCGCACACAAAAGUCAACGGAGGCAGCAAGAGCACCCGCUUACCACGAAACGCACAGAACGGGGGGUCGGCAGGUACGUCCUCACGCCGCCAACAAGCCCAAAACGGCCAAUCCGCCGCCUCACAAGACCCCGAUACCACCCGCACCCACCACCACCACCACCACUCCUCUGCCACCCACUCCUCCACCCACCACGGCGACCAACACCCAGAUCGACCCGUCAAGCCACGCAUCCCACACGCCAAAUCCUCCCUCGGCGAGAUGAACAAACGCGUCAAGCAUUUGUCGGACUACAUCACCCGGCUGCAGAUGGUCAUGGCCUCGGAAACAAAGGUCGAUUCCCUGCUCGUACCUACGAAACCCAAGGUGGUGAACAACAACGAUACCCCUACACCCAUAACGCCCACGUCCCAUUCUACUUCUUCUGCGGAUGUGAAUGGCCAAAACCGCGCGGACACCAAACCCGCCGCCGCCGCCGCCGUCGACGGCCCAAUAUCACCCAUCAGCCCUGCAAAAUCAUCAUCACCGGCCGACGACCCGAAAACGGACCCAUCGGCACCGUUACCGGAUGCGAUGAAACAGGAAACGAGCGUCCAAAUGCUCGAUCGGCUGAAUCUGUCGUUGAUCAAGUUUCAGGAACGGUUUGGGGCGAUGCAUUCGGGGACGGGGCAUUCUAAGCGGUAGGAAAGAUCUCCGAUGGAUUGUGUUGGGCAGGUGUGGAUUUGAGGAUCCUUGGGGAGACCCUUUUCUUUUCGGGGUGGUUUUGCAGAAGGAGGUUCCGGCCCACCAUUGCGGCGUUGCGCACCCAUCGCAUCCCCCUUGCAUAGUUGCAUACACAUCCCCCCGUCAGCUCACUCGACUCCUGGCUCUGCUUGCUCUGUAAAUUUUUUGGGGGGGUCUCAAAUGAAACUGAAUGAAAAAGGGCCAAAAGUCCGACCGUUUCCAC